UCAUCCUUGCUGUGCAGCUUGAAUGAUUCUCCAUGUCCUGCUCUGAGCUCUGCUGUUGGCUGCUGUGAGGGGACCUCAGGGAAGCUGUGACAUCGCGACAUGGAUGCAGUGACUUUUGAUGAUGUGCAUGUGAAAUUCACUGAGGAAGAGUGGAAUUUGCUGGAUCCUUCCCAGAAGAGUCUCUACAAAAAUGUGAUGUUUGAAACCUACCUGAACCUCAAAGCUGUAGGCUAUAAUUGGGAAGACCAUCAUCUUGAAGAACAUUGUCAAAGUAGUAGAAAACAUGAAAGGCAUGUAAGAAGAUAUACUGGAGUGAAACUCUAUGAGUGUAAUAUAUGUGGUAAAGCUUUUACAAGAUGCAGUAAUCUCCAAUAUCAUAAAAGAACACAUUCUGGAGAGAAACCUGAUGAAUGUAAUCAAUGUGGUAAAGCCUUUGCAAGAUCCAGUCAUCUCCAAUAUCAUAAAACAGCACCUACUGGAGAGAAACCUUAUGAAUGUAAUCAAUGUGGUAAAGUCUUUGCAGCUCACAGUUAUCUACAAAGACAUAAAAGAUCACAUACAGGAGAGAAACCUUAUGAGUGCCAUCAAUGUGGUAAAGCCUUUGCACAGCACAGUCAUCUCCAAAAUCAUAAAAGAACACAUACUGGAGAGAAACCUUAUGAAUGUAAUCAAUGUGGUAAAGCCGUUGCCUAUCACAGUAAUCUCAAAUAUCAUAAAAGAACACAUACUGGAGAGAAACCAUAUGAAUGUAAUCAAUGUGGUAAAGCCUUUGCACAGCACAAUGAUCUCCAAAGACAUAAAAGAACACAUACUGGAGAGAAACCUUAUGAGUGCCAUCAAUGUGGUAAAGCCUUUGCACAGCACAGUCGUCUCCAAUCUCAUAAAAGAACACAUACUGGAGAGAAACCUUAUGAAUGUAAUCAAUGUGGUAAAGCCUUUGCCUAUCACAGUGAUCUCAAAUAUCAUAAAAGAAUACAUACUGGAGAGAAACCAUAUGAAUGUAAUCAAUGUGGUAAAGCCUUUGCACAUCGCAGUAAUCUCCAAUAUCAUAAAAGAACACAUACUGGAGAGAAACCUUAUGAGUGCAAUCAAUGUGGUAAAGCCUUUGCACAGCGUAGUCAUCUCCAGUAUCAUAAAAGAACACAUACUGGAGAGAAACCUUAUGAAUGUAACCAAUGUGGUAAAGUCUUUGCAAGAAUCAGUCAUCUCCAGUAUCAUAAAAGAACACAUACUGGAGAGAAACCUUAUGAAUGCAAUCAAUGUGGUAAAGCCUUUGCAGGUCACAGUGAUCUCCAAAGACAUAAAAGAACACAUACUGGGGAGAAACCUUAUGAAUGUAAUCAAUGUAGUAAAGCCUUUUCAUGUCACAGUAAUCUCCAAAGACAUAAAAGAACACAUACUCGAGAGAAACCUUAUGAAUGUAACCAAUGUGGUAAAGCAUUUGCAAGAGCCUGUCAUCUCCAAAGACAUAAAAGAACACAUACUGGAGAGAAACCUUAUGAAUGUAAACAAUGUAGUAAAGCCUUUUCAUGUCACAGUAAUCUCCAAAGACAUAAAAGAACACAUACUUGA